CGUGGACUUUAUUGGAUACGCGGUCGAAUUUAAUAAAUAAAUCGAUCCGAAAACCACCGGGCGUGGCAGCGGUUCGAAGGAUUAUUUUUUUUAAUAACCCUCUCAUAGUGAACUUUGUGCAACAUGGCUUAUAAAGAGUUAUUUUUGAGUUUACUGGUGGUUACCUACGUAAAUGCACAGUAUAAAGUAUGCGUGCUCCGGUCAGAUACGUCGACUUGUCAGAACUUGGACAAAGAUGGCAGCGAAGUUGAAUGUGUGGGAGUGGAAACCAGAUUAGACUGUGCCAUCAAAUUGGCCCGUGGCGAGGCGAAUUUUGGAGCGUUCUCCGAAGAGGAACUUUUAGUGCUGGGACAGAUGCAGCUACCUGAUGUUCAGGUGGUGGCUACCAUCAGGAGCACAGAGAAACAAGAUGUUCAGUACGCGUUCGAAGCUGUCACAGUUGUGCCCAACAAUCACUCUGGAGGCCUGGAAGGUCUCAGAGGUGGCAGAUACUGUCACCCCGGCCUCGACUCGCCGGAUCUCAGGUGGUCGCCAAGAGUGCUGAAGGCUCUUGAGCUUAGCGCAGCCCGUAGCGACCGUUGCCCCGGCGCGACCACCGAUUUUAAGACUGCUGAAGAGUUGGAGGUGGAGGAGCUGAGCAAGUUCUUCAGUGCAGCCUGCAGGCCCGGCCCUUGGAGCUACAACACCACAGUUGACGCUGAUCUUAAGAGCCGCUACUCGUCUCUAUGCUCCAUGUGUGAAGAUGGCAGAUGCACCGGUUACAGCACAGCAUCAGUUGUAAACGUGGCUGGUGUGAACAACAAUAACAGGCACAUCCAGGCCCUGGACUGUUUGGUGACGAACGGCACCGUCGCCUUCGCCGCCUGGCAGCAUGUCCAGGAAUUCUUCCUUAAAAGGAAUCCUCAACACGUGGACGCGUAUUCUCUGCUGUGUCCAAAUGGAAGCUUGCAGCCCCUCUCCAUAGACGUUCUAGGCCAGGUUGUGUCACCUUGUGCUACUGUUCGUCAACCCUGGAGGGCUAUUGUCGCUUCAAGUUUAACCGCAUCAGAAAUCAAUUCGAAACUGAACAUAUGGUGGACGGACGGCACUGACCCAGGCAGCGGUAGCUGGCAGUCAGCGCUCUACCAGAGUCUGGUGGGUGGCUCCAACUUCAGAGUGGUGGGGGAAAGUUUGACCACGCCGUUGAACUAUUCUUCUCAAAUUCGUCCAUUGGAUAUUGCCACAUCGGCCGCGUGUCUGACUCCUCGCCGCUGGUGCACCAUCUCCGCAUUAGAGACCACCAAGUGUCAGUGGACAGCAGCAGCAGCGUACACCCUCGGCAUCCAGCCCACAAUCAGCUGCGAGAGGAGGAACGGCGUCUUCGACUGCCUUAAUGAUAUCAAGGAGGGAAAAGCUGACUUCUCCUCAGUGGACUCUCACUAUGGUUUCCUUGCGAGACAGCAUUACCGUCUCUCCCCGGUGAAGUUGGUACAAAACACCCGCACGUCCGCCUCUAGAGUGGCCGCCUUCGUGAAGGAAACCUCGGCGCAAGCGAACAUCACGCGUUUCGAGAACUUACGCGACAAGGUGGCCUGCUUCCCGGAGUUUGGCGGUAUUGCGUACGUGUCGUUCGUGCGUGCGGCGCACGAGAGGCAGGUGGUGAGUCCGAGCGAGUGCGACUACGCGCGCGCGGUGGGAGAGUUCUUCAGCGGCGCUUGCGCACCCGGCGCCACCGACGCCGCGCACACCGUCUACGAGGAUUCCAGUUUCAACGCUUCCUCGCUAUGUUCAGCGUGCAGGUCCUCCUCCUCUGCCAAUUCCAGCAUAUCUGAAUACACGUGCGCGUGGGACAACACCAACUUGUAUUUCGGUAACAAUGGCUCACUGUUGUGCCUUGCCGACCCCGCCACUGACGUGGUCUUUGUCGAGACAGAGAAUAUUGCUGCCCAAUUGAGUGCACUGCAGUUAAACCCGAACAAUUAUAGAGCCCUGUGCCGCAACAAUACGUUAGCGGCCUCUACUGGGGUGAACAUCGACGACGGUUGCCUGCUAGCGUACGUAGUUGACGCUGAAGUGUUGACCAGGAGGAACGAUCCAGUGGCUAACAGCGUGAACACGUUAUUCGAUACUCUAGAUAAAUUCUUCGGAUACAAUCCUAACACUCAGCUCAUUAAUCUACGGCUCUAUUCACCCUUCGAUUCAACCAGCGACCUCCUCUUCAAGGACACCACCAUUGGCAUCACGGAACCCUCGUCCACAGCCAACCACGAGCCAGCUAGAAAUUACAUUGAGCUUUUCAGACAUUUAGAGUCGUGCACGGGCGCAGCCACACCUCUGCCAGCUCCAGGGUUGGCUGUACGCACUGUAUUUUCCAUUGUAACUCUAUUAAUCAGUUUAUUUAUGUCUCGCGCCAUUUUUUAGUAGGUUCUAUAGGUAUUACGACGCUAAGGUCUGCUUUAAUAGAAUUUAAUGAAAAAUUUUGCAAGUUUUGUUGAAAUUGUGACAAAAACACUAAUAAAAUUUGAUUGGUAACGAAUCGAGACUAGAGAUGGAUAAAUGUAUAUUAAUAUUUAUAUAUUGCAGUUACAAUAUCUAUAUACUAGCCUAAUAAAAGAUAUAAAUAAAUAAAUAAAUUCUUCAAUCAAGGCAACCAGGGCCCACAAAAUUUUAACAAUCUUAGUUUGUACCAGAUAUAAAUUAUUAAAUCAAAUUUUGACACUUAUAAUAAAUAACAUUGUCUUAACCUACUUUUUUUGUAUGUUGGCCAGCAUGUGAAUCAUUCUGCAACGAUUCAAAUACUGGCAGUCUGGACGGUCCACAAAUACCCUAAGGAUAGCGUUAGAGCUGUCCCGGACCCUACGCAUCAGAGACGUGCACCGCUUUCGUAUAGUAGCGUAGAAACAAUUCACAUAAGAUAUGUUAAAUAUCAGUUGUCUAUAUAUAUAUAAUAUUCCAAUAAAGUACCAGAUUGUAAUAAAUGGUAAUAUCCAACUAGUGUAAGCGAUAUCGGAAUGGGUAACUGUUUUUUGCCGCUAUCAUUGCCCUGAGAAACCCAACAGAUGUCGAAGUGAUGUUGAUAUUACUCAUUAGACAUGGGUAAUAUCUGGUAUCUAUAUAUCGAGUUCUGUAGACAUUGAUGCCCACCCACUGCGAUAUCGCCCAUAACAGUCGGAUAUCUAUAUUCAUUACGGACGGGUUCUUAUUUUCGAUAUCAUAUAUUGGAUGGCGAUAGUUAAUAUAUCUGUUAUUGGGCGUUAUUUCUACACUUUUUUUUUGUACCAAAUACGAAAUAAUAAAAUACAGAAAAUAUUAAUGAAAAAUACAAAAGGCGUCCUUAUUGAUAAGCGAUUUAUAUGUAUAGAUAUUGUAACUACAAUAUAUAGGUUUUGCAUUUAUAUAUUACGCACUAUUAUUAUUCAUGACUAAUUGAAACGUGCAAUCAAUUGGUCGAUUUUAGAUUUUUUUUUGAUGGGUGAAAAUGGUAUUGUAACCCCGCCUGCGCUAACGGGAUACGCCGGCGGAGCACCAGUGAAGGGUGAUAGAUGAGAAUGAAAACAGGCCAGUUAGCCCAUCAUGAUGAAUUCGUCAGGAAUUAACUAUGAUAGUUUCCAGGGGGAACCGAGAGGAGGUCGACCUGGUUGGGUAUAUUGCUAGCAAUGGGAUUCUCAGUCUCUAUUACUAACAAUCCCUUUCCCCCCGAAUUACAAAAGAUGAAAUAAAAUCCGAUUUGGGAUUUGUACUACUACAGGACAUCGACAGAGUGUUUUAUGGUCGUAUCGUAUCGUAUAAUUUUUUUUUAUAUAUUUUCAUUAAAUUUUAUUAAAAUAAACUAUAAAUAUAUAGUUACAUAAGAAUAAAUAGACUAAGUGGAAGAGACA